UGCGUAAAAUGGCGGAUUUUUUCAAACCAGCAGAAAAGCUCAUGUUGAAUUUCUGCUAGACUUCAAGGAGUUUCUUUACUUUGGAUCUCAGAUUCGAAGUCACUGGGCCUGAAGAUCUUGUGGUCAAUGGUUGAGCUCUACUGGCGACACGGUUUUUCGUUAAUUGCUUUGACAGUUCACGGAAGAGGUGUUUGCUGCUCGCUUUAAUAAGCACUGCUGGAAUUUGUUCGAAGCCUUGUAUUAUUCACAUCAUUCUUCCACUUUGAAGUAGCUUAGCAGAAAGAGACAUAUUUGGGCUUUAAUUCUCUGGAGUGAAGAUAAAAUGGACAAAUUUACCCUGGAAUGACUACCUUAUUACCGGUUUAAGCCGGAUUAAUUUACGGACAAAUAUCAACAAAUCAUAUCUGUUAGGUCAAUAUAGUUGUGUUUCAGCAGAAAGGCAUAAACAACUGGGAACUUGUCGCGAUGGAUGCAUCAAAAAAUCAUCGUACUGCCUUUUUGUGACUCUGCUCUGAUCAUUUUGUGUUCAAGCUGUUAUUCUGACAAACAAAAAAUUAAGUUUAUCAAACUUCUCAAAACAAACUCAAUUGUGUAUUUGAUCGACCAAAGUUGAUAACAAAGCAGUUUCUACAAGGUUAUUAAAUAGGCCAUGAGUAUGCCACGGUUUCAGGUAACUGGAAGAUAUUCUGAUACCGACUCUGUGGCCACAGAAAAUGACGAAUGUGGAGAAGAAUCUGAAAUACCAGUAGCUCCUCAAAAAGAGGAACCAUCCGAGGAAUUGCAAGAAAAAAUCAGCAUCAUCAAGUGGACUGGUUCCAAUAAGAAGCAUCCAUUGAUUAGUUUCUCUCCCCAUGUUUUAUUAUUGACUCUACCUCCAGAAUCAAAAGCAGAAGCAGAAAAAUUUCAUUUGACGUACAAAUUUGUCAAAACAGAAUGCAAACUUGUACGAAGUAUCCUGAACGUUCACUGCUUUAGAGAGGUUCAUCCCAACAGUUCAAACUUUAAUUUGAUGUGGACUGGUUCACAUAUCAAACCUCACACUCUUAGGGGUCUCCAGGAUUUCCAAAAGAUCAAUCAUUUCCCAAGGUCCUAUGAACUUACCAGGAAGGACAAGUUGUACAAGAACAUUCAACGAAUGCAACAUUCAAAAGGUGUCAAACAUUUUGAUUUCAUACCAGAAAGCUAUAUCAUACCUGAGGAGUUUAAUGAGUUUAAUGCUGCAUUUUUAAAGGAUAGAAGGCCAUGGAUUGUAAAACCAGUUGCAUCUUCACGUGGCAGAGGAAUUUAUCUAGUCAAUCAUCCAAGACAUGUUCCACUUGAUGACAAUCUCUUAGUUUGCAAAUAUAUCAGUAAUCCAUUGCUUGUUGAUGGAUUCAAGUUUGACCUUAGGCUGUAUGUUGGUGUGACAUGUUUUGAUCCUGUCAGGGUGUAUCUCUACGAAGAAGGUUUAACAAGAUUUGCCACUGUGAAAUAUGACAGGACAGGAAAAAACAUUAAAAAUGUAUGCAUGCAUUUAACAAACUACAGUGUCAACAAGAAAAAUGCAGAUUUUGUUAGGUGUCCAGAUCCUGAAGUUGAAGAUUUUGGAAACAAAUGGAGCAUGAGUGCCAUGUUGCGUUAUCUCAAACAGAUUGGCAAAGACACCACAGCUCUUAUGAUGAGAAUAGAAGAUGUAGUGGUAAAGACCAUCAUUGCUGGAGAGCUUCACAUUGCCUCUGCCUGUAAAAUGUUCAUGCCCUAUGCAGGAAACUGUUUUGAGAUAUACGGCUUUGACAUUCUCGUGGACGAGAAUCUACGUCCGUGGUUGCUGGAAGUUAAUUUAUCUCCGUCACUUGCUUGUGACUCGCCAUUAGAUCUGAAGAUCAAGUCUCAUUUAGUAUCGGACAUGUUUAAUUUAAUUGGUUUUAAGGCUCAUGAUCCGAUGGUUCGUAAAAUUCCCAACCGGCGAUUUGUUGAUUAUCCACCAAAGAACAAAUAUCAGAGACAGCGAUCAGCCACAGCUGGUGGAGUUGUGGUGCCAAACUCACGACCUUUGUCUUCAGGAACGAGAAGAAAAACUGAAGAUGGUUUGUCAGCCGAGGAAGCGAGAAUAUUACGUCACACGCGCGAAGAAUUCUCCAGGAGGGGAGGAUUCGUCCGCGUCUUCCCCUCCCCAGACUCCUGGGAGGUCUAUGGGUCAUUUUUGGAGCAUCGCACCACUCACAAUCAUAUGUUACAGUCAAAACUGUUUCCUGGAAGAAAAUCGUCCCUACAAAGACCGAGUACAGCGAGCUUUUCUUCAGCAAGUGCAAGGGCGAGGAGUGUAACCUCGUAUGGAGCAGCUCAGUCCAAGGUUAAUUUGACGGUUGAACCUGCUCGGGUUUCGGAUGAUGACGCUCUUGGUAUCAAGGAAAGACUUCUUUGCUACGAGAGAAAACUUGAUAGUUGGAGCCCGUCCCUCCUCCGAACGAAGAAAGCCCUUGGCAGCACGACUCCGAGUGCAGGUACCCUUAGCACCAGCCAAGAAACGUCAGAGAAACCUCGUGAUAAUUCUAUGGCACGUACGACUCCCGAUGGACAAGUGGUGACGAAUUACAUGGAGAGAAAAUCGGCUUCUUAUCCUGGAGGAACAAAGCCUUCAAUGGACUCUGAGGAAAAAGCACCUCUAUAUCGAGUGUCCUCAUCAGGCCCUCAUCCAAGACCCUUCCAAGAAGCCACGCGGGCGCAGAAGCCACCAUUACCCAGUAACGGCGAAACAGUGUCAAAACGUGUACUGUCUGCGCAGCCGCGAUACCAACCAAUCAGAGUGGACGAAAUCAUGGCAAAGGCAGGAAUACUGACAAAGCUUCAAGCCAGGCAAGCCUUUGCGAUGUAUCUACAAAGAGUUCAACAAAGGCUGAUGCACGAGACAAGCUAUGACUCAGAUGAUUCCAGAGAUGGUGGAGAAUCUAAACAAGACAGCCAAAUGAACUUGGUGAUUCGUUUUCUGAAGAAGGCUGCGAGCAAUUUACAACAGCCUUUCAAAGUUGUGGUACCGAGCCACAAGUUACCACUACAUGACAGGCGGAGAAUUUUGGCCAAACAGCUCGGAGACUUCGUCCGCGUUUAUGGAAAGGAGACCAUGCAAUUUCAGAAGCGAAUGGAAAUUAACCGGACAUACGGGAUUUCAAGAAGCAACUCCUUCGCGAGUGAAAUCCCGGAUGAAGAGUUUAAGGUCUUCAUGGCAAUUGCAAGCGAGACAGAGUUGGAAGAUCUUUUAACUACGUACACCAAAUUGAACAAAAACGCCAGCGUGUUUCUAGGAGGCCGGCCAGAGAGACGCACGGAGGAGAGUUCUUCCAAGGCACCCUCAAACGACUCUGGUCUGCCCAGGAGAAAAGAAGGAGAUAGGAACUCCAGGAGCUUAAAUCCUACUCCGGAAGAGGACCUGACCAGGUCCACAGAGGACCUCAGUGGCACGGGAUCCACGAUCACAGAUCGACACGCACGGACGCUGACAGCUGUGUCAGCAUAUGGUACCUCGGUGGCCCUUAACAAAACCCGACACCGUCCAGUGUCGGCCAAGGUUGCUAGUUCACCAGGAGUUGAUAGGAUAAACCGUGAUAGUCGCCCUGUGUCAGCCAAGCCAUACUCACGUCAGUGUAAAACAGAUGAUGUCUCAGGAGACGUAACGAGCUUGGUUGGAGGUUUUAGACAGAGUGGUCAGCGAAGUCGCUUAUCUUCGGCGCCAGUCCGACGCCUCAGCCAAGGAUCAGACAAUGAGCCCAAAGGUCCCAGUGUUGUUGAUGAGCACGCAGUCGCCACUGCUCUUCAGCGGCUGGCCAAACGACAAGCUACGCGGCAGUACGCUGCACACAACACCACUGGCCGUAGGGGAAGUAACUGGGACGAACUGUUAAAAAAGAUGGACUUCAAUCACCAGGUUGAAGCUACCUCCGUGUACAAUGAAGACGAGUUUAUCAGUGUCGGUGAUGAAUCCUCUAAUCCUUUGUCACGUCCUGACGGGAAAACUCCACAAUCCGCUCAUAGAUCACAUGACCGACAUGCAAGCGCGAACGCCACCUUCGAAACAUUUGUAAACCAGCUCGGCGGCAGUCACGGUCACUUGGCUUGGUUAAACAGUACUGCUGACCAAGGCCGCUCUUGUACUGCCGGUGCACGCCCUUCUGAAGAGAAAACUAUUCAUGUUGAUUUGAAAAGAGAAUACGAAAGAACACGAGGAGUAGAAAGACAGGAGAAAAAAGAAGUUGUCGAAGCAGUUAGAAGUCCGGCUGUUUCAAGAGAAGAGUACAACAGACACAUGAAAAUCCUAAGUCAGAAACUUUCCGAAGAGAAGGUUCGCCUACAGAAGCAGUUACAGCAAUAUCCAUGCAUACCACGCCCACCGGCUGCUCGGCCGAACCCAGGCACCAAGAAAGUUCUUGGCCAUAACAGAAUGAUAAGGUUGGCUGCGUCCAAUCCUCCGCCCGUGUUUGACGUCAUCACCGGUAUGACAGACCUUCCAAAUGGUGAUUCAGUUUGAUAUCGAUGCUGAAUUGCCUCGUGAAAAUUAUCCUUUUGACGUCGCUACUCAGCCAAUUGAAUUUGUUUGAAAGGGACAGAUUCGUCCUGAGGUCAUUUUUCCCAUUAGUGAAGAAACAUUUUACCACUCGGAACUAGCCAAUUAUUACUUUUUUUAUGUAAAAUCAGCUGCCCGCAAUUAAAAGUAGAAGCUCCUGUACUUUUGCGUGAAGUGUACAGUUUUUCUAUGAACAAAUUUAAAUAAACUGUUUAGUCUCGA